UCAACGCCUCCCCUCCCACGCGAUACCCCCAGAUAUAAAACGGGAACAUCCCGGCUUUAACCCCAUUUCAGUCGCGAGAUCGCAGAGUCCUUUUCAACCCUCAACCCUUCCAGAUAAGAUGUUCGCCAAACGCUUCGGACUCCUAUGCCUUCUGGCGAUGGCGUUGGUGCUGUCUUUCAGCGACACAUCAGAGGCCAGAUACCUGUCCACCAGGGCCUCGGGCGACAGGGUCGACAAAAUUCGCGAGCUCCUCAAAGAAUUGCUGGAGACCGAGAUCGAAAAGGAGGAUCAAGGAGACGCACCACCCAGAUGGCACCCGGAAAGCAAACUCUUCUACAAGCGAGAAGCACCCCAAACCAAGCACUAAACACGUCGACGACCUUCGCAAACGAUCAAGACUAAACAAUUCAAAAAUAAUUUUUUACAUGGAUAAGAUCAGCUAAAACAAAAUUAGAUAUAGAAAACAAACGAAAAAAAAAUAAAACAAUAUUAUCAGAAGGAAGCAAUAAGAAAACAAUAAAAAAAUAAAUGUUACGUUUGUUUUAGCUGAACGUAAUAGUUCACUGUGUAUAUUCUUAACUGGUAAUAAUGAAAAAGUGGAAGAUACGACGAACUUUGACCUCGUAUCUUCUACGAUAGAGUUUACGCAAUUAUUUUUGUGAUAUUAGUGUAUUAGAAUCGAGACAAUAAGUAAACGAAAAUUGUUUUAAUAAAUAUACAGGAGCGCUGAG